AUGCAGAACGAGGAGGGGCAGAUGAUGGAUCUCUACAUCCCCAGGAAGUGGUUAGUUUCUUUAACCGCUCUUUAGAUUGCGAUAUACAUCCCGCAUCCCGUGGGUGGAAGUGUCAUUCGUAUUGUUAAAUAUGUUUCAUCUUCUUUGCGUGUGCGUGCAGUUCGGCGACGAACAGGCUGAUCACCGCAAAGGACCAUGCCUCUGUUCAGGUCAACAUUGGCCAUCUCGAUGAGAACGGCAUAUACACCGGGCAGUACACUACCAUUGCUCUUUGCGGGUACAUCCGCUCUCAGGUUCAGUUUUCCUGCCCCAAUACACACCUUUGAUGUAACCUGCCUGGUUUUGCUAUUCUUCCUUUUAGUUUUGUGUGUGACUGCAGCAUGUGACACCAUACCUUGAUUAGUUGUUCUUAUUGCUCUAGCGUGCGAUCUAGUAUCCUGCUUCAGCCAUAUGGUUUUAGAAUUUCGGAAAAGUGAUGGUAGUCUAGAACACAAAUAUUUGGUUAUUCUUUCGAGCUUAUUGUGAUCGAUCGGUAGUGGAGAAUUAAGUUCAUAACUUGAAAAACAGUGUGACGCACUAAUUGUGACCAUUUGCCAUGACGUCCAACCAUCAGGGCUGCUUACCUUUAUUCCUCCAUUCCCCUUUGGCUCUGUCAUCGUGUACCAAUGAUUUUGCAAGUUGUGCCCAGAAUUUUUGCAUCUGCCCAUGUGGAGAUUUCAUCGCUCUCCACGCCUCGUGCAAUGGAAUAAGUAAUGUGCUUAGAUGCGAUUAUGCUCGGCACGACUCUGCAUUGUUGUAUCAUGUGCAUCACACUGGUUUAGUCGACAGCAUACACACCAAGGAUAAUGGCUACCAUACACCCUUUUUUUGAAUGAUUCCGGUAACGUAUUCUUACCCAGUGGCCUUUCGUUCAAUUGGGCAGAUCUUUCUCCCAUCGCAGUCAAACAGUGUCCAUGUAUUUUUCCUUACAUGUACAUAUAUGUGUCGAUUGAUGUCAAUACAGGCGUCGAUCCAUAAGUGAUGAAUGUGGCAUGUGGAAGCUUAGAUCCUCUGUGCGUUUCUUUAGAAGGGUGCCCCUUUGCUCCCCCGCCCCAUCUCUUUACAGAGAAUCUUUUCCUAUCAUUUUUUUUUGCUCUAUCUGUUCAUCUGACUUCUGACUGGCUUCUCAGGGAGAUGGAGACAGCGCCCUGGAUAGACUGUGGCAGAAGAAGAGAACCGAAUCCGGUCAAUGA